GUUAUUUCAGCCAUUCCUUUGUUCAGACGCUCUUUUUUUAUUGCACCAACUACUAAAGCGACUUUUGUGCGUUUGGAAAGCACCGGUGGCAUGGUAGGGUAGGGAAGAACGAUACGCGCGAGGCUCACCAAAGUACACAAGCGACUGGACUGCAACUCGGCGCUCGUGUAGUGUGUGGGCAAUGACGGAUUUGUCCACGGAUGGGUACGGCUCGGGGUUCGGCUCGCGGUGCGUGUAGUGAAUGGUGGGCUUUAGCUUGCUACUUAAAUAGUGAUCUGUGUCCAUUAAUACGUAGUAUCUCUAACUAGUCUGUGUUAAACUCGUGUCGUGGUGUGUUUCGCGAGCUUUUGAUUUUGUUCUGACUUUUGUGAUUUAAUGAAAAAAAGGGAAACCUUAAAAUAAAAAUGUAUUCUAGUGACGAUUAUAACGAGGGAGGAUAUGAGUCGUAUGGUGACUAUGAGCCACAUACAGGAGAUCCACAGUAUGACUUGGAAUAUGAUAGAUCUUACUAUAAGAUGCCUGAUAUGGUGAAGAAAUUUCUUGUGUAUUUUCGUAACAUGAUUAAUGAGGGUGUGACCUAUGAGAUUCUUAAUCUAUAUGAAAAUACCUUCCCUAAAUUAACAGAACAGUAUUUCGAAAACACUCCUUGGCCUGACGAAAAUGAGGUUGGGCCUGUGGUUGAUAAUGAUCAUGUGUUCAUGAUCCUUUAUAAAGAGCUGUAUUACCGGGAUAUUUAUGCUCGAGUACCUGGUGGUCCCAAGCCAGAACAAAGAUUCACCUCCUUCUACAACUACUGUGACUUGUUCAAUUACAUCUUAUCAGCGGAAACUCCUGUUCCUCUGGAAUUGCCUGAUCAGUGGCUCUGGGAACUUAUUGAUGAGUUUGUCUACCAAUUCCAAUCAUUUGCACAAUACAGAUCCCGCACUUCAAAAUUGAGCCCAUCUGAAAUUGAAACUCUUAACACUGAGAAUAAGGCUUGGAAUGUUCUAUGCAUUCUCAAUGUACUGCACUCUUUGGUUGACAAAUCUAACAUCAAACGCCAGCUUGAGGUUUAUGCUGCUGGCGGCGACCCAGACUCGGUGGCGGGAGAAUUUGGUCGCCAUUCUCUCUAUAAAAUGCUUGGCUACUUCUCCCUCGUGGGGCUGCUGCGUCUUCAUUCGCUACUCGGCGAUUAUUACCAAGCUAUAAAGGUGUUAGAAAACAUCGAGCUACACAAGAAGUCUCAAUACUCGCACGUGCCCGCGUGCCAGAUCUCCACAUCGUAUUACGUGGGCUUCGCGUACAUGAUGAUGAGGCGAUAUGCCGACGCCAUUCGCACUCUUUCUUCGGCCCUGCUGUAUAUGCAGCGUACGAAACAGCUGUUUUCCACCCGCUCCUACCAGAACGAUCAGAUCAAUAAGCAAACUGAACAGAUGUACCAUUUGCUGGCGAUCUGCUUGGUGCUGCACCCGCAGUGCGUCGAUGAAUCCAUCCAGCAGGUUCUCCGCGAAAAGAACUACCACGAGAAAAUGUAUAAGAUGCAAUACGGCGACUUGGGCGAAUUCGAGAGUUGCUUCACAUUCGCCUGUCCCAAGUUCCUAUCGCCGUGCCCGCCGCCCAUCGAGCCGGGCUCCAACUACGGGCGCGACGCGGUCAAGCACCAGACCCAGGUUUUCAUGGAUGAGGUCCGUCAGCAGAAAAUGCUGCCCACCAUCCGUUCGUACUUAAAGCUGUACACCACAUUGCCGUUGGCCAAACUGGCCGCAUUCAUGUCAGCCGCGCGCGGCGGUGAGCGAGACGCAGCCCGAGAGCACGCGGCGCUCGCUAUACACUUGCUGUGCUUCAAGCACAAGAUGAAGAACGUCGUCUGGACCAAGGGGCCCAGCGGGCUCGACGGCAAGUUCCAGAGCGGCUCCGAGGUCAGUGCACAUGCCUACUGUGCUACACACACAUACACAGAUAUAUAACGCUCUCAUACACCUGCUGUGCUUCAAGCACAAGAUGAAGAACGUCGUCUGGACCAAGGGGCCCAGCGGGCUCGACGGCAAGUUCCAGAGCGGCUCCGAGGUCAGUGCACAUGCCUACUGUGCUACACACACAUACACAGAUAUAUAACGCUCUCAUACACCUGCUGUGCUU